AUGGACAACAAGAGGGACAACAAGAGGGACAACAAGAGUGGACAACAAGAGGGACAACAAGCGUGGACAACAAAAGGGACAACAAGAGUGGACAACAAGAGGGACAACAAGAGUGGACAACAAGAGGGACAACAAGAGUGGACAACAAGAGGGACAACAAGAGGGACAACAAGAGGGACAACAAGAGUGGACAACAAGAGGGACAACAAGAGUGGAAAACAAGAGGGACAACAAGAGGGACAACAAGAGGGACAACAAGAGUGGACAACAAGAGGGACAACAAGAAUGGACAACAAGAGGGACAACAAGAGUGGAAAACAAGAGGGACAACAAGCGUGGACAAAAAGAGGGACAACAAGAGUGGACAACAAGAGGGACAACCAGCGUGGCCGACAAGAGAGGACAACAAGAGGGACAACAAGAGUGGACAACAAGAGGGACAACAAGAGGGACAACAAGAGUGGACAACAAGAGGGACAACAAGAGUGGACAACAAGAAUAGACAACAAGAGGGACAACAAGAUUGGACAACAAGAGGGACAACAAGAUUGGACAACAAGAGGGACAACAAGAAUGGACAACAAGAGGGACAACAAGAGUGGAAAACAAGAGGGACAACAAGAGUGGACAAAAAGAGGGACAACAAGAGUGGACAACAAGAGGGACAACCAUCGUGGCCGACAAGAGGGACAACAAGAGGGACAACAAGAGUGGACAACAAGAGGGACAACAAGAGGGACAACAAGAGUGGACAACAAGAGGGACAACAAGAGGGAUAACGAGAGUGGACAAAAAGAAGGACAACAAGAAGAACAACAAGAGGGACAACAAGAGUGGAUAACAAGAGGGACAACAAGAAUGGACAACAAGAGGGACAACAAGAGGGACAACAAGAGUGGACAACAAGAGGGACAACAAGAGGAACAACAAGAAUAG